AUGGCACAUAAAGAACAUUUCAGUUCCGGCUCUGACGUCACGUUCGUGCCCGUCUCACACAGCUGUCACAGCCUGACGAGCCUGGAGACGGUGAAGGGUCGGCGGAACAACCUGACCCUCAUCCUGGUCGUGGCUCUGUUGCCGUUGCUGACGCUGUUCAUCCAGAACAUCAUCAACGUGAACAACAACACGUCUGACGUGGCCUUCACGGCCUCCGUGAGGGACGACAUCAUGUUCACCAUCCAGACUGGAGACGCCAUACACAACGUGCAGAUCGAGAGAGGGAAGACGGCGCUCUACGUCAGUUCCGGUCUGGAUCCAUCGUUCCGGACGGUCCUCGACAAAAACCGGAGACUCCUCAACGACGCCGUGCAUAAUCUGACUCAGUGGCCCGAGACCUGCCAUCCAGCGUAUUUCAAAAACAAGACGACCUUUAUUGAGAGGGUGGAAAGCUUCAGGAGUGGCAUCAACAGCUCGACCACGGUGAAAGAGGUUCUGGACUUUUAUUCCGAGGGAAUUUCCACCAUGAUAAGAUGGGUGUCCACGCUGAUCAAGAGGGCUCGAGGAGGGUCACUGUGGCCGGUCAUGGUCGGCUAUCACAUGCUGAUGGUGGCCAAGGAGAACGCUGGGAUUGAACGAGCCAUUGGCAGCACGUUCUUUGCACAAGGAUAUCUGUCUCAAGACGCACUCAACGCCUACGUGAAGCAGAAAGUGUUGCGUGAGACCUACAUGGAGAGAUCGGGCGAGUACGACCCGAGCAUCCACAACUACAUGAAGUCCCACUUCGUGAACUCCACCCUCGACCGGUACAUCGCCCUCAUGGUUUCCCGGAUACUGCGUAACAGCGAGACGAACGCCUCGACCGGCCUGGGCGAACUGUGGUUUAACAACAUGACGCUGUACAUCAACACGCUCAAACAGGCGCAGGACCUGGUCGCCCUGAAUAUCGUCGCCAUCUUGUCUGCCCAGGUGAACGAGCUUCAGAAUGGACUGGUGUUCAGCAUCGUGCUGAUGGUAGUGGCGCUCCUGCUGACGCCCUUCGUAAUCGGGUGCAUCAAGCGGCUGGCGGACCGUAUUCAGAACUACGCCACCACUCUACGACAGAAGACACGUGACCUGGAAGUGGAACGGAAGAGGAGCCAGGCGCUGCUGUUUGAACUGCUUCCGGUGACGGUUGCGCAGAAGAUGAUUCAGCAGGAGCCGAUCGACCCGGAGAGCUACCAGUCGGUGACGAUCUAUUUCUCCGACAUCGUCGACUUCACGUACAUCUCGUCCAACAGUUCGCCGCUGCAGGUCGUCAACAUGCUCAACAUGUUGUACGAGAUGUUUGACAACCAGCUGGAACUCUUCGACGUCUAUAAAGUAGAAACUAUAGGCGAUGCCUAUAUGGUAGUAUCGGGUCUGCCUCAGAGAAAUGGCGAGCGCCACUGUAUGGAGAUAGCUGGUCUGGCUCUCGAGCUGCUCACGAUUAUCUCACACACUUCCGUCCCUCAUAUACCGGACAGAAAACUCCAACUUCGUAUUGGACUUAACACAGGUCCUGUCGUGGCUGGUGUAGUGGGGACUAAGAUGCCACGAUACUGUAUAUUUGGGGACACCGUCAACGUGGCCUCGAGAAUGGAAUCCUACAGUCUUCCUGGACGUAUUCAGAUAUCGGAGACAACGAAAAAGGGUUUAGAUGUUCUUGGCGGAUUCGUGAUGCGAGACCGAGGACUUGUCGACAUUAAGGGGAAGGGCAGGAUGCAUACGCAUUGGCUGGUGGGAAGAACGGGCGUGGCGGCCACUUCACCCUCUUCCUGUUCGAGAACUGGUGUCAUUUCGUGCAGCAACUGGUGACGAAAACUACGGUGAAGACGGCACCUUCGACGAUACCAAAAACUACAAUAGCAUCAGCAGCAGCAGCAGCAUUGGCAAGCACCUUUUCAGUCCGUAGAAUGAGAUCUGGCCUAGCAAUGGAACUCCAUCCCCAGCAAAGAGACUCCACCCCCGGCAAAGAGUCUCCACCUCCAGCAAAGAGACUCCACCUCCAGCAGCACUUUCGCCUCCAGCAAUGAGAUUCCGCCUCUAGCAUUGAGACUCCGCCUCCAGCAAUGAGACUUCACCUCCUGCCGAGAGACUCCUCCUCCAGAAAUGAGACUCCCACCUCCAUGAGUGAGACUCCACCUACAGCAGUCAGACUUCGCCUCCAGCAAUGAGACG